CGAAAAAAAUUGUAAUUUCAACAGUGGAUAGAUAGAUACAUCCGUUCACCUGUUGAGAAAGAAAAUUUUAUCGUUGAGUGACUGAGUACUUCCUGGUGGGAUGUAAGGCCCACUAAAGCGGGAAACACAGGCUUCGUGUCAUUGUGGAGUUGGACGUUUAAAGGGCUCCCCAUUUGGUUAGUCAGUAGUAGCAAAACUUCUCAGUUUUUCACCUAAAAGACAGGAUAAACUGCUUGCUUAAGAAUUUCCAGAACUUGAGAUCUAGUCAUGGUUUUGCAGCACGCUGUAUCGUUUACAAUGGUUGUCUCUAUUUUUUUGUCCAUCUCUAAAAUGGCAGAUACUGGCCCUACGAUGACGUGUCCAGAAAGGUACACGAGGAAAGGCUGUUAUAAAGAUUCUGUAGCAGCAAGAGCUCUACCAGACCUACUGAUAUCUGGACGAGUUGAGAUUGAAGAGUCAUGGGGUAAUUGGGACAUGUUUAUCCAAAGCUUUAUUUGUAGGUGCGCCAUUGAAUCUCGUAAAAGGGGUUAUAAAUAUUUUGGAAUUCAGUUCUAUGGCGAGUGCUGGAGCGGCAACGUGACUUCAGCGGCCGAAUAUGCUGUUCACGGACCAUCAGAUGAAUGCGUAGGUCGAGAUCAGGGAAUCUGUAAAAAGGACACGAGUCUGUGUGUUGGCAAAUCAUUUGCUAACUUUGUCUAUGAAAUACCUCUAGCUCCAACUACCAAACCUCCUGCAAGUGACUGCAAAGAUGUAUUAGACAAGUGCCCACUAUAUGCUGAUCAAGGCCUGUGUAUUGAUCGCUAUCCAGACGUUCUAUCAUACUGUCCAUUCUCUUGUGGCAAGUGUACGGUUUGACAGUGGCCAUUCAAGACAAGAUCUACUAUAAAUAUUACGAAUUAACUCGGGUUUUGAGAACUUUUCAAGUUUUCAAUGUUUGAUGGUAGCGUUAGAUACUAGUCUUCUUUUUUGAACUAAAUUUGGAAGAGCGCCGCUCAAAUCUUUUUGUUCGAGGGCAAUAGUGUCAAUAUCCUACAUACCGACACUACAGAAAAAGGUUUGGGCAUGCGUGCAUUUCAGCACGUUUUUUGAGAAUUUAUAGAAGAGUUUGAGUGAGAAAAUAGACAUUGUUUUCUCCGAGUAUACAAAAAA